GCUGCCUUGGUUGUGGCAUCCUGGGCUCAGGGGAUGGGAGGUUGGAGGUGCCUUGAGUGGAUCAGCAGCAGUGCACCCGGCGGAGGACAUACCCAGCAAGACAUGUAUUGAUCCGGAGCGCCUGUAUGGACCUACAGAUCUAUCUGCGUUGGGUUCUUCCACUCCAUGAAGAGGGCCUCUGGCUGAUCUGAUCGUCUCUGUGGAUCAGGCUCCUCAGGAGGAUGGGCUCUGCAGUGUUACCCGCGCAGAUCUGUCUGGGGUUCUUCGUUUUUCUAAUACUCGCACAACUCGCCAAUGCGGAGAGCCGACCGACGGACAUCAAACCAGCGGACAUCGGCAUUAUCUACACUGGGAGUAUAAACAAGAACAUCGAGGAGGUCUACGCCUUCAAUUACACCAGCACGCCCGGCAAGGUGGACGCUUUGCGCGUUUCCGUUCGCUCCAAUUCAGAUGACCUGGAGUUCCCCGUCCUGUUUGUGGUGCGUCAGCAGAAAGGAGUGCUGUCAUGGCAGGUCCCCCUCGUCUUCAGGGGCUACUACCAGAGGACAUACACCUACCAGGACGUGGGCCGCACCCUGUGCCCCAUCGACCCUGAGAGCCAGACCCCGACCUCACAGCAGUUGUUGUACAUAGACAUAGCCUCCAUGGCGCCCACUAGUGUCCAGUACGAGCUCAUAAUCAGACGACUGGCCCACUUUGAACUCCAGACGGAUGUUCCCCAGAAUUUCAGCGCCUCGCCCUCGCAGCCCCAGUAUUUCCUGUACUCAUUCCCAGAGGGCGUGGACUCCGUCAUCAUCAAGGUCAAGUCCGCCGAGACGUACCCCUGCACCGUGGUCUCCGUCCAGGAUAUUAAAUGUCCGGUCUACGAUCUGGAUCACAAUGUGGAAUUCAAUGGCAUUUACCAGUCCAUGACCAAGAAAGCCGCCAUCACCAUACAGAGGAAGGAUUUCCCCACUGGUCAGUUUUACACUGUAUUCGUCAUCAAGCCUGAAGACUAUACGUGUGGCGGCUCCGUCCCAAUGUCCACUAUAGGGAUCGGGAACCACACCUGGAACCUGAAGCGGGUGAAGUACAUGGAGGUGACCAUCAAACCGGCUAUCAACGAUUCCGUCUACAUCCACGCCACCCUCCUGUGCCUCCUCUUCUUUCUCAUCUUCUAUCUGGGGGCGUUUGUGGUGUUAUUCAUUCAUCAUUUAAGAAUGCAGAAGAAAGGUCUGAACAUUAAUAGGAGCCCGGAGGAAGGAGAGGGAACGGUGGCAGCUUCACAUCCCAUCACCACCAGCACCCCAGAGGGCAGCAGCUAUGGGGCGAUAGAUGAGUCACGCCAAAGAAAAGGGAAAUCUGUUCCCCCCAUUCCUCGCCCGCGGGUUUACUCCGACAGCUCUGUGGAUGAAGAAAGUGACUUUGACGGAAUCCCGGAGAUGGAGGGCGAUAAAAAUGUCAUCCAAGCCAAGACGCUGCUGUACGUGUCCGAUCUGUCCAUCAAGGACCGGAGAACCAUCAGCAAGAAGUACAGGAUCUACUUCUGGAACAUAGUCACCAUCGCCGUGUUCUACGCUCUGCCCGUGGUCCAGCUCGUCAUCACCUACCAGACAGUGGUCAAUGUGACCGGAAACCAGGACAUCUGUUACUAUAACUUCCUGUGCGCCCAUCCUCUCGGGGUUCUCAGUGCGUUUAAUAACAUCCUGAGUAACCUGGGCCAUGUCCUCCUCGGAUUUCUCUUCCUCCUCAUCGUCCUGUACCGAGAUCUCCAGCACCAGAGCUUAGUGGAGGUCAACGACAUCUACGCCCUGGAAUUCGGGAUCCCCAAGCAUUUCGGCCUCUUCUACACAAUGGGCAUCGCCCUGACCACAGAGGGCAUCCUCAGCGCCUGUUACCACGUCUGCCCCAACUACUCCAACUUCCAGUUUGACACGUCCUUCAUGUACAUGAUCGCCGGGCUCUGCAUGCUGAAACUGUACCAGACGCGGCACCCCGACAUCAACGCCAGCGCCUACGCAGCCUACGCCUCCUUUGCUUUGGUCAUUUUCCUGGCGGUCCUGGGGGUGGUUUUCGGGAAGGACAACUGGUGGUUUUGGGUGAUCUUCUCCAUCAUCCACGUGGUGGGGUCCCUGGCGCUCAGCACUCACAUCUAUUACAUGGGACGCUUCAGGAUCGAUUUCGGGAUUUUCCGGCGAAUCUUCCAGAUCGUGUACAUAGACUGUAUUCAGCAGUGCAGCCGGCCCAUGUACAUGGACAGGAUGAUCCUGCUCAUUGUGGGGAACAUCGUCAACUGGUUCUUCGCCAUCUUUGGCCUGGUGUAUCGCCCCCGAGACUUUGCCUCCUACUUGUUGGGGAUAUUCAUCUGUAACCUGCUGCUGUACCUGGCGUUUUAUAUCAUCAUGAAGCUCCGCAGCUCAGAGAGGAUCCGUCUGCUGCCGCUUUUCUGCAUCUUGGCCACCGCCGGCGUCUGGGCUGCCGCCUUGUACUUCUUCUUCCAAACCCUAAGCAGCUGGGAGGAGAGCCCAGCGCAGUCCCGUGAGAAGAACCGCGAGUGUAUCCUUAUGCACUUUUUCGACGACCAUGACAUCUGGCACUUUCUUUCUGCGACUGCCAUGUUCUUCUCAUUUCUGGUUCUCCUCACACUGGAUGACGACCUGGACGACGUGCGCAGAGACAAGAUCCCGGUCUUCUGAGGAGACAUGGCUGCCCGUAGACGUCUCCGUUAUUGCUUGACGUGCCUGGAUCCCAGGCGAAAGGUCAGUUUACCUUCCGGAUAUCCAAAAAGGAAGACGAGGAGGAGAAACGGCCGGAAGCUGAGACAGAAGGAGCACCACCCUCUCCUCAGUCCACCAGCUUUCUCAAGAACAAACCUGCUGCCUGCGUGUCACCACCCUGCUCUGGGGUCACCUGUAAGACUUGGUCACCAGCAGUCUACGUAAUUCAGGAAGGUUUCCUCUGCUACGGACACAACGCAAUCCUGCCUGGGCUGCCAUGUUGGUGCCACCUGCUGGUCAGGGAUGGGAUUACUGCCAAAUCUUUCAAUAUAAAAAUGAGAUUCCUUAGUGGUCGAUACCUUUUUAAAGGUUGAAAAGAUGACAAAACUGCAAGCUUUCGAGAGCACUCGGGUCUCUUCCUCAGGCAGGUUAGGACAGUGAGGCAGAUGAGACCACCGACAUAAAGCAGAUCGAUGUGAGCCGAGGGAAUGAAACAUUUGUAGCAGUUACAGAUAAGGAGCGUGAACGUUUUAUUGUCCUCUCAUAUAUAUCCAGUCCAUGAAUGUGCUGAACCCAUGAGGGCUGAAUUCCUUAAGAGAGGUAGAAGGGCAUACAUUCUGGAUGGCGGAAGCUGUCCUUAAACACCUUGCCAGCUACCUUCAGGACACGACCUACUAAAUAAAAAGAGACUAUCCUGGCCACCAAGGAUGUGGAAUCUGUAUAUUGCAGUAUUCCGCACCAGGAUGGAGUAAAAGCCUGCCAGGUUUUUAUUAAAAAAAAUAAAGGAAUCUAUGGUGGAACUUACAAAAUCCAUCUUCACCCAUAGCUACCUUUUAUUUGGUGACAGCAUAUCCCUACAGAAGACCGCCACAGCAAUGGGGAGCCAAAUGGCACCACAAUAUGCAAUUCUGUUAAUGGCCGAGUUUGAAAGUGACUUCCUGUCCUCCUGCCCCAUCAAGCCUUUGGCCUAGUACCGUUACAAUGAUGACAUCAUAAUCAUCUGGGAUCAGUGCACAUCAGGACUACAAGAUCCCAGGUACCUGCACCACGACUUAUAUGGUCCACUUGAUUGUACGUCUCACUUGGCGUCUCGGUCAGUGAAACAAGAAUGAACUCUCAUCUCCACACAAUAAAAGAAAGAUCUGACAAAGUCCUGAUACUAAAAGGGAAUUUCAUGACCACCAUUUCAUGACCACCAUUGCCUCAGCACAUUCACGGACUGGAUAUAUAGCGGGGGGACAAUAAAACGUUCACGCUCCUUAUCUGUAACUGCAGCGGUUUGUUCCUCCUCCACUCACAUUGAUCCCUGGUCUCAUCUACCGCACGAUUCUGUCUUGAGAGACACCCGAGGAGGAGACCGGAGCAGUCCGGAAAGCCUGCAAUGUGGUCAUCAUUUUCCGUUAGCCAUUAAUCUAAUUUUUAUACAUUUUCUGGCUAAAAUGCUACAAAAAGAUUUUUACCUUGCGAAAUCAUUGACUUACCUAAUUGUUGCCAAAUGUUUGUAAAAUCUUUUUCACCUUAAUGACUGUAGCCCUUGCUUUUCUGGACUGUCGCCCCCGUCGUGUCCACCCCUUCAGUGCUGCUCGUGUUGUAGAAAUCGUGGAUCUUCUACUUAAUUUAUUGGAAUGUGAUUUGUACAUUUUUGUGUGUGGUGAAAACCUCAAGACGUUGACAACUAUCUGGCGAUCGCUGAGAACCUGGAGACAUUAUUCUGCACCUGCCGUCAAACUGCCGCCAUGGAACAAGGUGCUCACCGAUCCCACCAGAGAAGUGCCCCUAAGUCACAAACCGUUAUCACCCAGCGGAUCCUGAAACCUCGAGACCUUUAUGUCUCUUUUCAUCCUUCGUCAAUGUCAGUCUUCACUGUAGUUUUGGCAUGCUAGUCAUGAACCAGAAAGACCAGGAUGAACAAAGUUGUAGUGGUGUACUUUUUUAAAAUAAAAUGUAACAAUUAA